AGCGGCCCUGGAACCGGAGCCGGGCGGGCGGCGGGCAGUGGGACGCGAGGAGGGCGGCGAAGGCAGCAGCCCUCCUGGCAGCCCUCUCGCCGCUGCCAUGAGGAGCGAGCCGCCGGCUUGGCCCCCGGUCUCGGCCCAGGCGGCCUCGCUGCUGGAGGAGGCGGCAGACCUGCUGGUGCUGCACCGGGACUUCGCUGCCGCCGUGGAGAGAUGUGAGGCGGGCUGCGACAGCCUGGGCUCUGGCUCCGGCCUCGGCCCCGAGAGUUCUGCAGAAGUGAAAUGCUCCCUUUGCGUUGUGGGGAUUCAGGCGCUGGCUGAGAUGAACCGGUGGAGAGAAGUUCUGUCUUGGGUCCUCCAGUAUUACCAUGUCCCCGAACGUCUGCCUCCAAAAGUUCUCGAGCUGUGUAUCCUGUUAUACAGCAAGGUGAGAGAGCCCCAGGUGAUGCUGGAGGUUGGCACUAGCUGGCUGGGAGACCAAACCAAUAAGAGCCUCCCUGAAUACAGUUCCUUGCUGGAGCUCUAUCUGUUGCACGUGUUGCUUCCGCUUGGCCGGUUUGAGGGGGCAGAAGAGCUUGUGCGUGGUUGUGGUGUUUUCGACAGCGAGCAGCAACUGGCAUUGCUGGGGACCAUCUGUGAAAGCCGAUGCCAGUGGACACAACAGGAAGAGAUGUACUCGGCUGCUGAAGAGCAGCAAGAUGCAGCAGCAGAAAGUGGUUUGGGUGCUCUGUCUCAAAAGCUCCUGACCAUGUUGACAUUAUUACGUAGAGCACUGAAGUCUAUGUCAAGCCACUUCUAUUUACUUCCUUACAAAAAGAUGCUCUUGGCUACUUUUCUGCUGUACCUGGUGGUGGUGAGAUUGGACCCAGCUUCUCCCACAUCAUUGCCAUUCAUUUACAAACUGGUCCAGCUCUUCCGACAGGCUUGGACAGCCGUGUUCUCUCCAAUCCAUAGGCCUCCAAUUCACGAGUAAGUGUCUUCCGUCACAGAAUGUGUUUUUCUCUGCUGCUGGAAAAGGAUCAGCUUGUCUUUUAAGAUGAUGUCAGGCUCUUCAAGGACUGUUAAGAACAGUGUCCUAAUAGAGAUGACCACUUGUGAGCUCCUGCUUGGUGAUGCCUUCAUUUCUUCAGACAAGGAGUGGUGGUGUGUAAAUUUUGAAACCACUUGGCUCUACAGCUACUCCUUCCAUAAUCGACAAUUAAAUAACAACAAUCCUCCUUGUCAAACACUUUGCUUUGGAUGUAGCUCGUGAGUGAAGGUUGUACAGAUGGUUACAAACUAUGGAAGAGAGUUUCAGCCUUACAAAUGAUGAGCAGUUCUCUGAUCAAGUGAAAGACUGUUCCUGAAGGCAUGACUGGAAAAGGCAAAAGAGUAUCUAUAACUAGGGAAAUAUUCUGUUUUGCCUGAAGACAUCUGAAAAGCCCAGUUCCUGCAGCAUGGGAUUUAUGAAAAGCACAUGGAAGAAAAAACACUGGAGAAAGUGAAGUCCGUUGCAUUUUAAAGGCCAUGGUUUCUCUUGUGACUGGUGCCUCCUUAUACAAGCGCUUUUGACUUUUUUUUUUAGUCAUAUUUAAGGUAGGAAGUUAGUCAUAUUGGUCAUAUUUAAGGCAGAAAGUCAAGGUGGUGGGCCACAAAGACUUACUUUGCUGCACUUACUCUUCUUAAAUGCAAAUUACAGACAUAGUAAUUUGAGGCAUAGUAAUUCUUAGGAGCAUGUGGUGGUGGUAAGGAAAUACUUUUAUUUUUUUAAAUUAUAUUCUAUAUUAUUGUUACUUGAGCAACCAAAGUUGUUGCAUUGUUUUACUCUUUUCCUACCUCUUGCUUUAUUUAUGUAGAUAUCAAAAAGUCUCUAUGUCUAGAAUUGCCUACCCUGUCGCUAACAUCUCAAGUCCUGGGUUACAUGGGAGCCAUUUGUCAGUCCUCUAUCAUGCAGAACAAAAGUUUAUUAAUAAGUAGGAAGAGAUACUUCUCUGAGAUUCCCCAAACCUUCCCCAGAUCUGUAGUGAGAAUGUUAUUGUUGCAGAUUUGUCAGCGGACUGACCCCAUUUCCAGCCACUGGGGGCAGAAACUGGACAUUUAGGACAUAACACUGAUUUCUUCACCAUCCAUCUGUCAUUGAUUGACAAAGAGUAAAAUUCCAAAGGAGAGAGUGCUGACUUACUCAAAUAUUGCUUUUACUGGAGCAAACUGUAGUGUACUGAAGAGAACAAUUUAAAAGACAAGGAUCCUUUGUGGCAAACAAGUAGCCUGCCAUCCCAGCACCUGUGCCAAAAGGACGCAGGCCAACUGACUUCAGCCCAAACUGCAACAUAUUGGAAAAAAUCAGCCUUUUUGCUGGGCAGAUUCUAUCCAACAUGCCAAACCUAUGAGAGGUAGCCAAUAUAGACCCCAGUGGGGUGUCAUACAACAGUAGUCCCCUUCAGGUUGUUCUUUUGUCUCCAGCAGUAGCCAUACAUGCAGAUAGCAGCGUGUUCGUGCCUUCACACUGUGGGCAAUCUGUUGCUUUGCCAGGACAGUUUGAAAACAGUCUGCAUCUUUACUGCUAGAAAUAGUUCUAUGUCUCUUGUCUUCCUGAAUUAGUGUCAGAUAAACUGGGGCAUGUCAUUCCUGAAAGCAGUAAUGACCUCAAAAGUAAAACCCAAAACAAUUCCAUAUCCCUCGCCAAUGUUCUUGUGUCUGGUAGGACUUUACACCAGGAUAAGUAGCAUGUAUUAAAAAGUUGUUUUUGAUUAUUAUUUGCACAUAUAGGGAAAAGCUGCUCUUGGUAUUGCUAGAUGGUUUUUGUAAUCCAACUAUAAAUGCAGUUACAACUCUGCAACCAAGAGUUGAUGGAAACCAGGUAGAAUAAACCAGAGAUGCACUGUAUGGUGUUGAGCUCUUUCAGGAAUUGACUGGGUUGUAUCUACUGGUCUCCUACUUAGCAAGGCCUCAUUUUAAGUACUCUGUAAGUCAGCUAAUGAAAUAGCAAACUUCAAUCCGAAGGCAGGCCAAUUUCUCACCAAAUUGCUAAGGUAACAACCAUCUUUCUCUAGUUUUCUAUUAACAUUUUUAGUUGGAUGGCAGAACUGCAUUUUAGAGAGUUGAGACCAGUGGUCUGGGCAAGCCACACAUUAUGUUUAUAAUGCUGUUAAAUGUCAUAACCACUCAUUUAGCAGAACUUUAACAUUCAACUUGAUCUUAAGGUUGUUAACCUUCACUUUUUUUUGAGUACUACCGAUUUUUGCAUUUGUAUUCAUCAUGAGAAACAAGCUAUCAGGGUUUUGGGGUUUUUUUUUGUUUUGUUUUUCAAUUGAUGCUAAAACUGCAGUAUUUAAUUUUCACAAUAAAGUGACAACUGAUUUACCUCUUUGUAGAGUUGCUUGUUUGUGCUGUGUAUACGAAAACUUUUGCAUGUAAUGUAUUGACGCUGCAGUUUUCAAACAAUUUCCAGCAAUGUCUCACUACAUGGUACAGGUGUAUUUGAAUUAAGUACAGGGCUUGUUCAUUGUGAAUCUGAUGAGAUCUAAUCAACUGAUGAUGCUGGUUAGGUAUAAGUCUGCAUUUUGAUAGGAGUUCAGAGAGUGGUAAUUGCUUUCUAUGAAAGAUCCAAUUUGUAAUUUGGUUUUGUUUUUUUUUAAUAUCUAAGUAUCUCUGUGUACCUUGAGAUGGUUAAGACCAGUACUACUAAGAAUAAAGUAUAUGGUAUUUAUCUUUA